AUGAUAGGAAGAGCCGACAUCGAAGAAUCAAAAAGCAACGUCGCUAUGAACGCUUGGCUGCCACAAGCCAGUUAUCCCUGUGGUAACUUUUCUGACACCCCUAGCUUAAAACUCGUGAAGACUAAGGGAUCGACAGGCCAUGCUUUCACAGUUUGUAUUCAUACUGAAAAUCAAAAUCAAGUGAGCUUUUGCCCUUUUGCUCUACAUGAGAUUUCCGUUCUCAUUGAGCUCACCAUAGGACACUUGCGUUAUCAUUUGACAGUCAUGCCGCCCCAGCCAAACUCCCAACCUGACAGUGUCUUUGGCUCGGAUCAACCGGCAGAAGAGCGAUCUUAA